CCCCCCCACUUCCUCAGUGUAGCUGAAUUUCCUAGUGUCGAAAAAUGGCUCUGUGGCGCCUUCUUCUUCAGACUCUCAAAACCCCAACUCCAUCCCCAUCCAAAACCCUAAACCCUAAUCACCACCACCCUCUCCUCUUCUUCUUCACCUCCCCAUUCUCCACCUCCUUCCUCAUCACCAAGACCCCCAAGAAACUCAAGAAGCGCCGCACCAACCAAAGCAGCCCGCGAACCACCCCGGUCCAGACCCAACCCAACCUCCUCCCCCACCUCGAGCGCAUCGUCGCUCGCGACGCCCACUUCCGCUUCCUCACCAAAACCAAGUCCCACCUCUCCACCCAGCCCCACCGCGUCCUCCGCCUCGACGACGCCGGCAAGCUCCACCGCGAGCUCGGCUUCCCCCGCGGCCGCAAAGUCUCCAGGUCCCUCCAGCGCCACCCCUUGCUCUUCGAAACCUACCGCCACGACGACAACCGCCUCUGGAUCGGGUUCACUGAACUCAUGGAAAACCUGAUGGAGGAGGAGAGGGCGGUGAUGGAGACCAUGGAGGCUUGCAGGGUCAAUACUGUAAGGAAGCUGCUGAUGAUGUCGGCGAAGAAGCGGAUUCCGCUGAGCAAGAUUCAUCAUUGCCGGAUGUUGUUCGGAAUUUCGGAGAAUUUCAGGGACCGGGUGGCAAAUUAUCCCGAGUAUUUUCGGGUUGUGGUGGAAGAGGGCGGGAGGAGAGUGUUGGAAUUGGUGAAAUGGGACCCGUUGUUGGCGGUUAGUAGUUUGGAGAGGGAGUUUGUUGUGAAUGAGGAUAAGGUGAAGCGGGCGUUUAGGUUUCCUAUGAAGCAUGGGAAAGAGUUGGGUUUGGAUGAGGAGGAUUCGAGGAAGCUGAACAUGUUGAAUUCGCUUCCUUUGGUCUCGCCUUACUCGGAUGGGUCCAGGUUGGACCUGUGGACAUUGGAGGCAGAGAAGUAUAGGGUGGGAGUGUUGCAUGAGUUUCUGAGCUUGACAUUGGAGAAGAGGGCUUCUAUACACCACAUUGUGGAGUUCAAGGAGGAGUUCAGUUUGACUAAGCAUACUUACCAAAUGCUGUUUAAGCAGCCGAGGACGUUUUAUCUUGCCGGGACUGAGAUGAACUGGGUUGUUUUCUUGAAGGAUGCGUAUGACGAGAAUGGGGUUUUGAUUGAAAAGGAUCCCCAAGUGGUCUUCAAUGAGAAGCUUUAUAAGUAUGCUGAAAUGCAAGAAAUGGAACCGGAUCAUGCUUCAUCGCAGGAUCUGAUAAGAGCGAAGACAUAGUACGAGUGAUUGUAUUGAAUUUGAGGAACCUGGUUGGAGCUCUGACUUUUUAGUACUAAAGGAGUGCCACUCGGGAGUAACCUUGGAGCUUCAAGAAAAUUGGUGGAUCAGAGGUGAGAAGCAUAUUGGAGAGAGGAUGUAUUGAUGGCGUUUAGAGUAUCUCUCAUUUAACAAGCAGCUCCUAACUAUGUGAAUUGCAAACUAUGAGGCCUUGGGAAGCCAAGCGAAGCUAAACUAAGAAGGGAUCUUGCUGCAAUCAUCAGUUCUUUCACGUCAAAACAGUUUCCAUAUCUAUGUCUCUUUUAAUAUGUUGCCAUCUGCAAAAUGUGGCCUUGAUUGGGAAAUGAGGUAACUCUUUCAAUAUGAUAGUAGAAGAUCCUAUAUUGACAUGCAACAAGAAAAGUAAGUAUUGGUCACGGUUUAUGUACUUGAACUCGCUCUUUUGCCUUUUUUCUUGGUCAAAAAUUGCAUCUUUAUUAGGUCCUAUCUCAGUAUAGGUUUUCAUGUAUUCAUGCUUAGUUGUAUAUCCUCAAGGGGAGUCAUUAUUGCCGAAAUACAAUACUUCAAAGCCGAAUACAAAGAUUGAUUUAUUCUCAUCUUUUCAGAUGAGUUUGGCAUCUGUCAUCCCUCUUUGGGUUAGCCUAUAAGUACUGUGACGAAGCGGCUGUUGCUCACCCGACACGAUCGUACGAGGUCACAAUUCACCCAACACGAUCAUCCGGGGUGAACAAGAAUUGUAAACCGGAUGCGGCCGUCCUUUUUAUUCUUGUAU